AGUACUGGUAGUUUUGAUAGCUAAUUAUUUUAAUUAUAGACGUAAUGUCACCAUGUUUUGUAAAUCCUCUAUUAAUUUUUACUCUUGAGUUACUCGUGAUGGUGCGCAAUAGCGACUAAUUAUCUCAAUUACUUUCACUCCUCUCAGUUCCUAAUUGCUGCGAAAUGAGUUCCGACACGCCGACCACGAGUUUCAUUUUCCCCAAACGGGAAGAUUGCGUUUACACUCAGUGCUACUGGUACAUAUUGCUCAUAUUCCGUGUGCAUGGCCAUUCUUGUGUUCAGAAAGACACACGCACAUGCAUAUGCAUACACAACCACUCACGGUGAAGAAAAUAUAUGGCAUUUAGCAAAAUCAAUAUUGGAAAGUAACAAAUCUGUUAAAGACUUAAAAUGCUAUGUAGUCGCCUUGUCCAAUUCCAAUAAAUGUGUUCAUCUGUGGAAACAAACCAUGAAAGAAAAUGACUAUCGUGAUGGUCUUAUUUUCUGGGAUUACCAUGUUUUUUGCGUUGUUAAACAUAAAAAUCAAACUUGGGUUUUUGAUAUGGACAGUAAAUUGCCAUUUCCUGUUUCAUUCGCCCAAUAUGAUAAAGAAGCGGUAAGACAUGAUUUUCCUGAUAUAAAACGGUAUUUUAAAAUUAUUGAUGCUCAAACAUAUAUUGAUACAUUUUCAUCUGACAGAAAUCAUAUGCUAAAAGGAGGUGUUUGGCUGUCUCCACCACCGACGUAUCCACCAAUUCUUAAUAAAGAAAAACAAAGUAAUUUAGAAAAUAUCAUAUCAAUGGAAGAUCCUUUAGACAAAUUUGGAGAAGUAUUAAAUCUGGAAAAUUUCAAAGCAAAAUUUUAUUGAUCAAGUAAAUGUUUCAGAAUGACUGAUUUUAUGGAUAUGUUUUAUGCAU